UACUUCCUGUUUUUGUUCCACAAGUUACUCCAGAGUGGAAGAAUGGCUGAAUUAAACCGACAGCUCCAGGAAUAUCUGGCUCACUCUAAAAGCGGAGCGAAGACCAUUUCCCAGUCCAGCUCCAGCACAACCAUAGACGUGGAUGGUGACGUUCCGGUGUCCGGCAGCUGGUUCGGCAGGUGGUCGAGCCCGUUCUCCGGAUCCAGCAGCCGCGGAGCGACAUCAGGCCAGGGCUCCAGCGGCGGCUUCUCGUGGCCGUGGUCUUCAGAACCGGACCCGUGUUUACCGGGUUUGAGUCGCUCUCAGAGACUGGUCGCCUUCGGGACGUGUAUAUUCUUCUCCGCUCUGUGCUUCGGACUGUCGGCGCUGUACGCUCCGUUACUUCUGCUGAAGGCUCGGAAGUUCGCGUUGCUCUGGUCUCUGGGCUCCGUGUUUGCUCUGCUUGGGGCGGCGAUUCUCCGCGGACCCAGCAAACUCAUAGCGACUCCCACUCCAGGCGCUGCCGUGUAUCUGUGCUCUCUGGCGGGCACUCUUUACGCAGCGCUGAGCCUCCACAGCACGCUGCUUACCGCGCUCGGAGCCUGCCUCCAGAUCGCCGCUAUUGUGGGAUACAUCGUGGCUUUGUUGCCAGGUGGGAGUGCAGGGAUGAGGUUUGUGGGCGGAAUGGCAGCAUCCGCUAUUAAAAGGACCGUGACUGGUAAAACCAUGCCCAUUUGACGACAGAUUUCACGGACUGGACAACAACUAACAAACUAUCAUUUGAAACUUGUGUUUUAAAGGAAUACGUAAUUUUAUGGGGGGAAAUAAGUUCUAUUACAACUUCCAUAGAGUUAAACAGUGGCGUUUUACCAUUGUUAAAAUCUAUUCAGCCGAUCUCCUUGUGUGGCGGGAGCACUUUUAGAUUAGCUUAGCAUAAAUCAUUGAAUCGGAUUAGACCAUUAGCAUUUCGCACAAAAAAUAAUUGAGAUAAUUUUCUCAUUUAAAAUUGUACUCUUCUGUAGUUACAUUGUGUUAUAAGAUUGUCGGAAAAUCUAAAGUUGCUAUUUUCUAGGCUGAUUUGUCUAGAAACUAUACUGUCAUACUGGUGUAAUAAUCAAUUAACUUUGCUGCCGUAUCAGGACAGAAGCAGGCGCAAUGAUUUUAUGCAGCUCUGUUACCCAGCAUGGGACUUUUCAGGCUCAGCGUGAUAUCAUUGAUGCCGCUACGUAGGUAUUUUUAAAAUUGAUUGAUUAAGCAAGAUGCUAAUGGUCUAAUCUGAUUCCAUGAUCUAUGCUAAGCUAAGCUAAAAGUGCUUCCACCAGACACAGAGUUCAGCUGAAUGGAUUUAUAAAUGGUGAAAUGUGUCAGUUUAACUCUAGGGGAGCAGAAAAAUGAGUGUUUCUUUAUCUUUUUUGAGCGACUGGUCUGGUACAGCCACGAUUGAACGUGAACACAGUAGCCUAUACAGAGAAGUAUAGUGUGAACAGCAUUCUGUGGAUGGAGAUAUCCUAAUUUUGUAAUUUGCACAGUGACAAGGACCAUGUCAAAUCAAGACAGAGUACUACUACUACUACUUCCCUUUUAAUGUUUCCGAACUGCUUUUUUUUGAAACGUAACUUUAUAAAUAAACAAUCUCAUGUGUUCUCUGUUAUUCUACUGGGUCUCCAU